GGGAGGCACGGUUCGCAACGGCGCGGUGUGGCGAGACGGCGAGCCGAAGCUCCGCGCCAUGCCGGCAGCUGCGCCGCCCCCGCUGCACCCCGCGGCGGGCUGCUGCUGCCCCUACGGCCACUGCGCGGGACACCGAAGCAUGUUUGACCAUAUGUCACAAAGUGCAAGCUCAAAGGUAACAGAGAGGAAACUGCGUGGGACUUGUCCUCCUGUUGGUCGUGGAAACUGUGGAAAACAAUGUGUGAAUGCAAGCAGUUGUAGGUCUUCAUGUUUUAAUCCUCGGAAUGGUUUUCACACAAUACAUUCAGAGCACAGUCCUGUGAAGCCAAGGAUUAUCACAGUAGUGAGACCCUGUGGGCAUACACUCAGAAAGAUAACGUUGCUUCUGAACAGGAGAUCGGUACAGACCUUUGAACAGCUAAUGGCUGACAUUUCAGAAGCUCUGGGAUUUCCACGCUGGAAGAAUGAUCGUGUGAGAAAGCUUUACAGUCUAAGAGGCAGAGAAAUCCAAAGUGUUUCUGACUUCUUCAGAGAAGGUGAUGCGUUCAUAGCUCUGGGCAGGGAGCCCCUUACUUUGAAGAACCUGGAAGUGGCAAUACAAGAACUUUGUCCUGAAAAUCCGUAUGCUGCCAGUGCAAUUCAGCAGAAUGAGGAGCAGUCCCAAAAACUGAAGAGCAGGCUGUGUGAUAAAGCUUCAAAAGUGGAUGGUGGCUUUGAUGAAGCAGAAAUUGCCACGAACUGCAGUGAUGUUGUGUCUCCCAAAAUGGUAGCUGGAAAAAGCCAAUCCAAGACAAGGCAAGAAGAAAAAAUGAGAACCAAAAAAAAGUGGACUAGAGGGAGUUGGAGUGGUGAACAAGGAGUGAGGCCUUCUAGAAAAGCUCGAGAAGAUGAGAGGUACCUUAACCAAGAUAGGAGUCCUGAGAAAGGGUUAGAAGAGAGUUCUGUGGAGGUGUUGAGGUGUGAGAAGUGUGAACGGGAAAGGCAGGCCAGGCAAAAGUUGCAAAGAGAAAGGCAGGCAGAGACUUCAUUUGAGAACGCAGACCUGAAUGCACGCGUGUGUCAGAGGUACCAUGCAGAAAGAAAUGCAAAAAUCAGGAAUUGCCCGAAAUCUUCAGAAAUUUCUCUAGAGGAUGAAGACGUUGGCUGGAAAGAUAGCUGCUGUAGAAGGACCUGGAAGCCUCUACAUAGGAAUGCUAGUGAAGGACUGGAAAAACAAAAAAGGAGCGUUGAGAAGGAAAGGGAUCUGGAGAAACAUGAAAACCGUGAGAAGGAAGUUGUAAAAAUAAAGAAGAAUGCUGUAGAAGGGCUGCAUAUAGCUCAUGAAAUGAAGGACGAAAAUGGAAGUAGCUGUGUAGCAAGCCAAAAUGGUUGGCUAAUGAAAGACACUCCAAGGGAUGCUGAGAAACCAUCUAAAACACAUGGGGAUGGUAGAGAGGGACAAAGGGCUAAAGUGGAGGGUGCCAGGAGAGAGGGAAAUACCAUACAUAGAGAGAGUGACGUGACACGACGAGAGAAAACAGGAGAGCGUAGAUCUAAUAAAGAAGAAAACAAGGCUCAGGGACUGGAAAGCACAAGCCGAAGGCAUGCCAUAAAAAGCAGAACUGAUGUAGAAAACCAUUACGAGAUUGGCAGGACUAUUGGCGAUGGGAAUUUUGCAGUGGUGAAGGAAUGUCGCCACUGUGACUCAAAUCAGAUCUACGCCAUGAAAAUUGUUGAUAAAUCCAAGCUGAAGGGAAAGGAGGACAUGAUGGAGAGUGAAAUUCUGAUCAUUAGGAGUCUUUCUCAUCCCAAUAUAGUAAGCUUAAUUGAAGUAUAUGAGACGGAGGCUGAGAUCUAUCUAAUCCUGGAAUAUGUCCCAGGAGGGGACUUAUUUGAUGCAAUCAUAGAAAGUGUGAAAUUCACAGAGCAUGAUGCAGCUGUCAUGAUCACUGACCUGUGUGAAGCCCUGGUGUAUAUUCACAGCAAGAACAUUGUCCACAGGGACCUCAAACCAGAGAACCUUUUGGUUCAGCACAACGCAGAUAAAUCUACUACACUGAAACUAGCAGACUUUGGCCUUGCAAAGCUGGUUACAAAACCCAUAUUUACUGUAUGUGGAACACCAACAUAUGUUGCCCCUGAGAUACUUGCUGAGAAGGGCUACGGGCUCGAAGUAGAUAUGUGGGCAGCUGGUGUGAUCCUUUACAUUCUGCUCUGCGGUUUUCCCCCGUUUCGCAGUCAGGAGCGUGAUCAAGAAGAGCUGUUUCAAAUCAUACAGCUGGGUCACUAUGAGUUCCUUUCUCCGUACUGGGACAAUAUUUCUGCAGCAGCAAAAGACCUUAUUACCAGGCUGUUGAUAGUGGAUCCCCAGAAGCGCUACACGGCACGACAAGUACUCCAGCAUCCUUGGAUCAGAACAGCUGGAAAAACUAACAACAGAAAUUUGCAAAGGGAAGUAACGAUAAAUAUUGAGCGUCAUUUCCGGACCCAGCGCCGGAAGGAGGCUGUGGAUAAAGACACAUGAAAUCUCUUUGAGUUCAUCUAGCCUUCUUUUUUUAUUAAUUAACAAAUUAUUUAUGUUUUCUAAAUGGAUUUGGCCUUUGGUUUAUGGAUUUUGCUGGCCAUUGCUAUGCCUUUUAAUUUGUUGUUCUUGUUGAUUCUGAGGUUCUGAAGAAGGACGGAGGUCAAAUUUGCAUCCACCUCCCUGUAAUUUUACUUGCAAGUGUCUGUUGACAGCAGUGGGUACUAAAUAUUUCCCAGAAGGUAUCUAUUAUUUUUCCUUGAAUAAUGAUUUGAACUUUUACAUUACAUAAUGUAUAUCUUUUUUAGAUUACAAAUGUUUGAUUUUUUGUCUAACUUAAGUGAUGACUGUGAAAUGCUUUCUCUUGUCUCCUUUUGUAUGGUAUCUUUCAUGAGUUCUACUUAAUGCUUUUAAGUUGUGUUAUGUUUGUAGCAUUGUCAAAAUGGCUGUCUGCUCACGCAUUCUGCACUAAUUCUCUAAACUGAUUUCUCACCAGUUCCUGCUAGCAAUUUAGAAGGCGAGAGAAAUAAAAAUAAAUGAAUAAAUAUUUAGCUAUGGGAUAUGUUAAUAAAAGAUUAAAAAAAAAAAACUGUUUAUUAAGUUGUGAGGGGAAAAAUAAAAUCAUUACAGUUGAAAUUAGCCAUUCUAUGAUAUCUCCCUUGGCAACAUCUUUUCAUGGGAUGUUCUCAGGGCAGGAGUAAUAGUUCUGUUAAAAUACUGUAGUUUGUAUAGUGUGGUAGUUUCAGUUCUUUACAAGAAGAGGUGGGAAGAUAGCAUGGCUGAUACAGCUUCGAGACUGUAAUAAUACCUUUCACGGUGCUUUUCUUCCUACUCUGGGAAGUGGGAAGUUAACUGUUCUGAGGGAGUGUUAGUUCUUCUCCCAAAGGUAUAUUUAUAGAAUUUUAACCCAAGCUUUUUUCUCAUACUGAAUUCUUUCUUAGGAGCCAUCCACAUGGAUCUGUGACUUUUUCAAGUUGAUGGAGAAUAGAGAGCUGGGAAGCUGCUUCUGUGACUUAAGUUAGCUCUUACCUUCAUGCUUCUCGUUAUCAACAUGAUUCACAGUUGAAUUGCUUUUAUACACUUUUCAGUGUAGUUCUGCAAACUUUUUUUUUUCCAGUUAUUUUAUCUGGGGACUCUAUCUCCUCAAUUCCACAAGAAUGGGCAAUGGUAUGAAAUUACAUUAGAAUUCUACUCAGGAAAAACAAUUUCUCGUUAGUCUAUGGGAAGCUUUCCCAGGGUAUGUGUCAGAUGCUUCAUUGCUUAUGUUACUUAUAAUUGGGGUUUUAAAGAAAUCCAGUGGGGAAGAUUACAGUCCAGAGAAGGACCAUGAGCUACAAGGUCUUUUGAAUCUCAGAACUUUUGGUUAACUAAUCAGAUUGAAAAAGCACUUUAGUUGUCUGAUGAUGCUUUGUCCAUGAGUUGUGUGCUAGCAAAUAACAUUGAGAAUAAAACUACCGAUUCUACUGUCAAGUUCGUAGCAUGCAGAAUUGAAUGAGGGUAUUUCAUAAUGAGAGAUGUCAGAGGCAUUUCAGAAUCGUAGAACACUUUCAUAACUAUAAGAAAAAAACAUUUUUGCUCAGUGCUAAAAUUGUGUGACCUUCCUGAAUUACUGAGAUGUUUGUGGUACUGUCAUCAUGUUUCUGUUUUAAGCUUUGACAGUUUUGCCUCAAGAAUGAAAGAAAAGAGAGUAGACAACCUGGUUUGUACAACAGAUUUGUGUUUUCAGUCGAGCUGACUUAUUUUUAAUACAUGUUGGACUAAGGCUUGCUGGGGAAUUCAACAAUUUGUAAAGCAAACAAAUCAAAACUUCAUGGUGUGCCCAAUUGGUAUUUAUAUUCUAUGUCAGACCUCUGCUUUGGUGGCCUUGAGUUAAGAAGACUUUUCUUGAAAAAUAAGAAUGAAUUUGAGAGCUUUCCUAUGUGUAACUUCAUAUCCUAAAUGUGUUGUGUUCUUUGAUUGCUAGUAAUAACAUCUCUUCUGCUAAUUUGUCUGUCUUGAAUAUGAAACUAUGGAAAAAUAGGUUAUGAUUUGCAAUAUUAUAUUUUGUAAUUAUUUUUAAUAUAGUAGUUUAGGAAUAAAGUUUGAAGUGGGGAAAAAAACCUAUUAUCAACAAUUUAGCUUAGGGCUUUGAUGUUGUGUUACAGGUUUCUUUGUUGCCUUUAAGAACCUGUCUACAGCUUUAUUCAUGGUGCUCAAGGUAGAGGAUUUGCAUGUGAUGAAUAUAAAAGUAACAUUUUUUUCAAAGAUAUUUUUCUCUCAUGUUCUAUUGGUCCCAGUCUGACCAAAUACAGAUAGCACAGUGUGCCGCCACCACUGUCUGUAAGCACCAGUGCUGCUCUGGCAGCGCCGAGGGACUGCUUUGGUUUUACUAAACAUGUGGCAUUAAGCCCUCCUUCAGGUUGGAGGCUCAGAAGGCUUCCAGGUGCUUCUCAGGGCUUUUGCCACCUCCUGUUUCUCUCCUACUGAGAAAAAAAUGCCUCUUCCAUUGCUUUCAGUGCUCUUUGACUUUAGAGACACCAGCAUCCCAUGCCCCAGUCAGUGUUCCUGUUUUCUUUUUAUUAUGCCAACACUUGGAAUUAAAGCUUUCAGCUACAGCUGUCACAAAAGUCAUAGAAUCACAGAACAUCUCAAGUUGGAACAGACCAAAAAGAUCAUCAAGUCCAACCCCUGCCCCUAUCACCCCAAAUUCAAAGCCUAUGUCUGAGAGCAUUGUCCAAAUACUUAUUGAACUUUGGCAGCUUGGGGCUGUGCUCAUGGCCCUGGGCAGCCCGUUCCAUGCCCAUCAUCCUCUGGUGCAGACCCUGUCCCUAACCCCCAGCUGCCCCUACCCUGACACAGCUCCAUGCCGUUCCCUCAGGCCCCCGUUUCUGUCACAGAGAGCAGAGCUCAGCACUGCCCCUCAGCUCCCUGUGAGGAGCUGCAGCUGCCAUGAGGCCUCCCCUCAGCUCCUCUGCUCUGGGCUGAGCACACCGAGGGACCUCAGCUGCUCCUCAUACACCUUGCCCCACAGACCCUUCACCAUCUUUGUAUCUCUCAUUUGGGCACACUCUAAUGGUUCUGUGUCCUUUUUGUACUGUAGUGUCUAAAACUGCACACAGUACUUGAGAUAAGGCCACACCAGUACAGUGUAGGUUGGGACAAUCACUUCCCUUGACUGGUUUGGCAAUGCCACUGUUGAGGCAUCCCAGGAUAUGGUUGGCCUUCCUGGCUGCCUGGGCACACUCCAGACUCAUGUUCAGCUUGCUGUCCCCUAAUCUCUUGCAGCAGGGUUACUCUCCAGCAUCUCAUCCUCCAGUUUAUACAUACAGCCAGAGUUGCCCCUUCCCAAGUGCAGAAUCUGGCAAUUACUUUUGUUGAUCUUCAUGCAGUUGGUGAUUGUCCAGCUCUCUGUUUUGUCCACAUCUCUUUGUAAGCCUUCUCCACCUUUGAUAGAAUCAACCGCUCCUCCCAAUUUAGUAUCAUCCACAAGCUUGCUCGAAACACCCUCUAGUCUUGUAUCCAAGUCAGAUAUGAAAACAUUAAAGAGAACUGGCCCUAAUGUUGUCCCUCCAGAAUAGCUGGAGUCUGUUUGGGGGGGAAUUAACUACCAGAGAUCAUCCCAAGAGUCCUAUGAAGCAUUUUGAACAUCCUUGAAUGCCAGUGUAACUAGAUUUGUCUGUCAUAAUCUUUUUUUUGAUGCAGUUAGGCAUUCCUGGAUGCCUAACAUUCCAGGUUUAAAUUAAAUCCAGGUUUUUGUGACUGCUUUUGACUGACAGAGCGGCAGCACUCUCCAGUGAUACAGUUUCCACUGUUUGAAGAUAAAGCGGUCUGCAGAAGUCUCCUCCUUUUUGUCCGAUGAUGUCAAUGUAUUUUUCUUCAUGCUGGUAACUCCUGAAAAGAUUAUUAGAAAUGGAAAAUAGGAAUUUUUGUAUUCCUUUUUUUUUUUUUUUUGGUCAACUAAUACUUUAAAAAUCUGUACCCAAGAGACUUGUGGUUGAGACUUAGCAGUGUAGCAGAGACUGUUCCUUCCAGGUUGUUUUGUUCAGGGACCUCUCUUCUUCAUUUGAGUUGUGUUUCAUCACUUUACAAUUUGUGACUACUCAAAGACCUGCAGCAUUAGAAUGGGUGAUUGUAAGUGUACGCAAAGGUACACAUGAUGUGUAAUUAAAUUGUCAACCUUUCGCAAGACGCACUACCCAAAUAGAUAAGUUAAGUGGAGGAUAGCAUUCCACUGUCCUUAUACCCCACAGCCAAAAUGGCAAUAACAGAGAUACAGCAGAUACACCUAUGAUACCAGUUAGAACAUUAUACAGAGAUGCAGAUUUAAUGGUUUUCUGACAUCAGCUAUUCUGCAAAACUGCAUUCUGUCAUAAAUUCUUUUUAUUUAUUUGUUUAUUUUUGUCAGAUACCAAUUUAUUUAAAAAUAGAUUUUAUUUGGGGAAACAGGCAUAGUAUUUGAAAUCGAGUUGAUUUUAGUGUCUGAUUCAAAGGAGAGAGUUUCUUAGUAGCUUGUGUAUAACUUCUGUUAAAAAUGCUUUUUUUUUCUGCAGGUCUGUAAUCUUGAUUGAAACUGUAGAAAUAAAAAUGUAUUUAAUGUAUCA